GUGUUUUUUUCUUCUCACAGGAAAGAGACUCAAAACUCCAGAGAUCGAAUACACUUGUGUGUGUCUACCUCCACCUCCGCUAGUUACAGGUAUCAACUCCUCUGUCUUCGUAUCCUGAGAUUUGGAUCGCUCUUCCUAGAUCUUCCCUCCAAUACUCUCACCAGAAUUUCGGAUCAAACGUAAGCUCUGGAUGAAGGCAAAGCCACACUGAAAAGUUUGCUCCUUUACUCGAUCGUCGCUGAGUUCUCGACGUAAUUGUCUCCAUUGUUGUCGAAUCAAUUCUCCAAAUGAAGCAACUUCAGCCAUUACACAGCCUUAACCAGACGCAGAGGAUAGCUCUCGCUGGGGUUCUCGCCCUCCUCCUCCCGAUCUUCUCCCCCAAUCUCUUCCGCCCUCUUGGUCGCGCCUCUCCUUCUCUCUUCUCCGAAUGGAAUGCUCCAAGGCCUAGACAUCUGCGCUUACUCGAAGGUGCUCUUCAUCGACAAAUUUCGAUCAGACAACAGGUGGAGUUAUGGUCUCCCUUGCCAGAUCAAUCUUGGAAGCCUUGCACUCAAUCUUUUACAGGAUCUCCCUUGCCUGAGAAGUCUCAAGGGUUUCUUCAGGUGUUCCUCGACGGUGGACUUAAUCAACAAAGAAUGGGGAUAUGUGAUGCGGUUGCUGUUGCCAAGAUACUGAACGUCACGCUUGUGAUUCCACGCCUUGAAGUUAAUCCUGUUUGGCAAGAUUCAAGUUCGUUCGCAGAUAUAUUCGAUGUGGAUCAUUUUGUAACUGUCCUUAAAGACGAGGUCCGGAUCGUCAGAGAGCUUCCUACACAAUACGCUUGGAGCACGCGUGAUUACUACGCAACAGGCAUUCGAGCUACUAGGAUCAAGACUGCCCCUACUCAUGCCUCAGCAGAGUGGUAUGUUGAAAACGUCUUGCCUGUUAUCCAGAGUUAUGGCAUCGCUGCUGUUGCCCCAUUCUCUCACCGUUUGGCGUUUGACAAUGUUCCUGAAAGUAUACAACGGUUACGCUGUAAAGUGAACUUUGAAGCAUUGAACUUUGUUCCUCGCAUUCGUGAGCUAGGAGAUGCUCUUGUGCAUCGACUCAGAAACCCUCCUUCCACCUCUAAAACAUCAGGUGAUACGGAUCCAACAGAGAGAGUAAACACCAUUGCAAAAUCUGGAGCUGGAAAGUUCGUCGUGCUUCAUCUUCGCUUCGAUAAAGAUAUGGCUGCUCAUUCAGGAUGUGACUUUGGAGGCGGCAAGGCGGAGAAACUAGCGCUGGCGAAAUACCGCCAAGUGAUCUGGCAAGGAAGGGUGUUAAACUCACAGUUCACAGACGAAGAGCUAAGAAACAAAGGGCGUUGUCCAUUAACACCCGAAGAGAUUGGUCUCCUUCUUUCAGCGUUGGGUUUCACCAACAACACCCGUCUCUACCUAGCUUCCCACCAGGUCUACGGAGGAGAAGCGAGAAUCUCCACCCUGCGUAAACUCUUCCCGGUGUUGGAAAACAAGAAAAGCCUAGCCUCUGCGGAGGAGCUAGCUGAGGUAGAAGGGAAAGCUUCUUUGAUGGCUGCAGUGGAUUACUACGUGAGCAUGAAGAGUGAUAUUUUCAUCUCUGCAUCUCCAGGGAAUAUGCACAACGCAUUGCUGGCGCAUAGAGCUUACUUGAACUUGAAGACCAUAAACCCGAAUAUGAUACUGUUGGGACAGGUUUUGGUGAACAAGAGCUUAGGGUGGUCUGAGUUUGAAGGAGCAGUUGUGAAUGGGCACAAGAACAGGCAAGGCCAGCUUCGUUUGCGGAAGCAGAAACAGUCUAUUUACACUUAUCCAGCUCCUGAUUGUAUGUGCAAAGCAGCUUAAGCUGUUAACUUUUUCUGUUCCAUAUAAUUUUUAUCAUUGUUCUAGACGCUUUCUAGGGGACUACAAAACUAGCUGCCAAGCCAAUUAUUCAAGUCUAAGGGUAUCAUUGGUUUC